GGUAAUGCAGAGAGUGAUAUGAAUAGGUAAGCAACAUUUAUACUAAACGCACUAUACAUUUCUUGACAGUGUGACGAAGACAUUUAAAAUUAUAUUUAGCACAAUAUAUACAAGGUCGCUUGUAUACACGAAAUUUGACAACUACAUUAAAGUUAUUAUAAGAUGGGUUUAUUUGGUAAAACCCAAGAAAAAGAUCCAAAAGAAAUGGUCCAUGAUUGGACCCAUAAAUUAAGAAAAGAAGGUUACAAUUUAGACAGACAGGUUAGAGCAAUUCAAAGAGAAGAAGAGAAGGUAAAGCGUUCCUUAAAGGAAGCUGCUAAAAAGAAUGACAAAGAUGUGUGUAAAAUUCUUGCUAAAGAAAUUGUACAUGCCCGCAAGGCAUGUAACAAAUUGUAUACAUCGAAAGCUCACUUAAAUUCUGUCUCUUUACAAAUGAAAAAUCAAUUAGCAACAAUAAGAGUUGCAGGUUCCGUUUCUAAGUCAACAGAAGUUAUGCAGGCUAUGCAAUCGUUAGUGAGAGUACCUGAAGUUGCAGCCACUAUGAGGGAAUUAUCGAAAGAAAUGAUGAAAGCUGGUAUUAUCGAAGAAAUGUUAGAUGAGACCAUGGAUUCUAUAGAAGAAUCUGAAGAUAUGGAAGAUGAAGCUGAUGAAGAAGUCGAUAAAAUUUUAUGGGAAGUUACCGCAGGACAACUUGGAACAGCUCCUGCUGUUGUUACAGAAACUCCUGGUGUUGUUCCAUCUACGUCUGUAGACGUAGAUACAGAGAAUGUUGAUGACGAUAAAGAACUCGAAGAAAUGAAAAAUAGAUUACAGAGUCUACGCAGUUAGUCUUAAUACAUAAAUUAUUUGUGUUGGUAAAAUCAUAAAUAUUUGACACCUUUUAAAAUUGCAAUUUUUAGAAGAAUUAAAAUAGAUAGCAUCUUAAUGUGUACACAUUCUUUUUUCUUUUUUUUUACAGAACACAAUACGAUUCAAACUAACUAUAAAAAUUCUAAGCAUAUGCAAUUUUUUAAACAAUAUUAUUUUAAUACGAGUUUUAUAUGCAUACUUAAAAAUCUUUAUAUUUUUGUUAUGAGUGUUAUAUUUUACCAAAUAUUCACUAUCUAUGUUAAAGAAUAAAUUGAGAAGCUGGCUUUGAAAUUAAUACCACUUAUACUAAUUUAUUUUGAUAAUGUAUAAUAGAAAAAUACUACGCUAGUAUAUUCCUUGUAAUUAAACAAUAAACCUUAUCAAAUAAGCUGAAACAAUAUGUUGAAACUAGAAAUAAUCUUAAUAAUGUAACAAUAAUUAUACGAGCAAGUACUAUUCUAUAAUUCACUCAUGAAAUUAAUCACGAACAUAGAUAUUUAUAAAUAAUCUUGUAUAAUCAGAUGACUAUCACAAAAUGAACUUUCAUUUGAAAUUAUAAUGCUUUCCGGUUAUUUGUAAAUAUUGUAUUUAUAUCAGUAUUGUAAAUUAAAAUUAAGGCUGUAAUCAACUAAGCCUUCUCAACUAUUUAAUAAAUGUAUUGUAUAAUAUGCUUA